AUGCUUGGUACUAACUUUAUUUUAAAUUUUUUUAAAAACAAAUUUAAUGAUUUAUCAAAAAAAUGCUUUACGUGCAUUAUAAGAAGUUAUAAAAGAGCAUGCCCUCAUAUAAGUGAUUUUGAGCCAUUUGCUUCUAUGUAUUAUUUCAGCGGUUUACAUAAUUAUAGGACUUUCUAUUUAUUAAUAAGGAUAACUGAAAUAUUUAAUAUAAAUAAAUAUAAAAAAAUAUAUAUUAUAUUUAGUACAGAUAAAUAUGAUUUUAAAACUGACGAAAUUACUACUAAUAAGAAAAAUAGAAUACAUACUGAUCAAAGAGUGGAUAUAAAAAUUAGACAGUGUGAUGAAACUUUAAAUGUUAAUUUAUUUACAACAAAACUUACAAAAAAAAUUCAUAUAGGAGAAAUAAAAAUAGAUAUCAACUCAAGUAUUGUUAUGAAAUCGUUUCCUAAAAAUCAAUGGUUCGUAUGUUUUAAGGAUGGGCAAGAAAUUUGUAAAGUACAAAUGUCCUUUUAUAAAAUUCAAAAAUAUGCAUGUCCUAAUGAGUGUAUGCUGAUACAAGAUGGUCUUGAAAUAUGGAAGAAUAGCUCAAAAAACUUAGGUGAAAAUAAAAAGAAAAUUAACUUUCAAGAUAUUCAUAAAAACUUUGAUGAUGACGACGAAAAUCUAUCUAUCAUAGAUAUUGAUACAGAUAUAAAUGAUAUAAGUUUAAUGCAAAAAUUGAGAUUAAUAAGUUUUGUUUUAGAACAAGAAAUAUAUGUAUUUGAUUUUUACGCGUAUGUACCUAAAUAUAUGUCUGCAAAAGAGAUAAUGGGUGAAUGGUUUUUAUGUUUCCUCUGCUUUAAAAAUAAUAAAGAAGAUGAAACAAUUAAUAUUGAAACAAUAAUAGAAAGAAAUAUACAUAGAGAUAUAAAUAUUCCAUUGUUUAGUAUACAUAGGAUAGUUAUUGAUAAUAAAGAUAAUACAAAUGCCAGUAUUAUAUAUUCAUAUGAAGAUGUAAGAUAUAAUUUAUGUAUUCAUUCUAAAAAGCAUCUUUCUUAUAUUAUUGAUGCUAUAACACUUUUUACAAAUGAAUUAAAAAUUUUAAAAGAAUCUUAUGGUGAAAAAUUAGAAUUACGCAAAAAUAGAAUAAUGCAAGAGACUAAUAUGAAAAAAUUAAUAGGGAAAAGAAGAGUAUCAUCUCCUAGAUUUCGUCGUAGUUUACCAAAAAGUACAAAUAAAAUGAUAAAUGAAAUGUAUUUAGAGAAAAGUAGUUCUAAUGAGAUUAAAGAGAAAAAAGAAUUUAUCAAGGAUGAAUUUACAAAAAAUAAUGAUAAAAAUGAAAUAGAAAAUAACAGAGGUGCAUAUAAUUAUAAAAUAUAA